AUGCUUAAAUCCACAUACACUCCUCCACCACCCCUUCCUCCAGGGUGGACGGAGCACCGAGCACCUACCGGCCAUUUGUACUUUUACAACACAGCUACAAAACAAUCGACAUAUAAUAGGCCUACUGCGCAAGCUGUGCCGACAGUCAACGAACCAUCAUCAGCACCCUCGGUCUACUCGCCCGAAACACUGCCACCUUUUUCCUCGACACCAUAUGGCCCCGCAAGCUACCAGCCCGGGUCAACACAGUACGGUCAGCACCAGUCGCAACGCGGUCAGGGUCGUGGUGCAUUCCGCGGGGGAAAAGGAUAUCAAGACCGUGGCCGACGGGAGCCCCAAGACCGGCCCAAGUCCAAGCACCUCAUUCCUGACUGUGGGCCGUGGGUUCUCGUAAAAACCAAGUUAGGCCGCCGGUUCGUGCAUAACCCCGAGACCAACGAGAGUCUCUGGAAAUUUCCUCAGGAUGUACUAAAGGCCGUCACUGAAUAUGACCGACUGGAGCGCGAAAGAAAGGCAAGGAUCGAGCGCGGCGAGGAGCCCGAUGAACCGCAGAAAGCCGAGGCACCAGCUAUUGCGCCUACUGCUGCCGAUACCACAACUGAGACAGAACUCAAUGCAGCAGCGCAAGCUCCAGAGGGUUUGGAAGAUAGCGAUGAAUACGAAGAGGUGGAGGUGACAGAUAGUGAAGAUGAGGAAAGUCAGCCGUCAAAGCGUGUGCGCACUGAGAGCGAAGAUGCAGAAAACAAGGCUGUCGAAUUCACUGAGGAUGACUUUGCAUACCAACUAGCCGCCAUGGAACAAGGCGAACCAGACGAACCAGACCAAGCUGUCGAAUUCACCGAGGAUGACUUUGCAUAUCAACUAGCCGCCAUGGGCGAUAAGCAGGGAUUGAAUCCUGACGAAUAUGGCGAGUUUGGAGAAGGUGAUUGGGAAGAAUCCCAGGGCCUUCCGCUGAGCGAAGCUGAUGCAGAAGCCCUCUUCCGUGAUCUGCUGGACGACUACAACAUCAAUCCUUUCUCACCAUGGGAAAGUAUCAUUGAGGAAGGUCGUAUCCUCGAGGACUCCAGAUACAAUGCGCCCUCGACCAUGAAAAUUAAACGUGAAAUAUUUUCGAAAUGGAGCAAAGACCGUGCCAAGGACGUUCAAGAGCGCAAGAAGGCCCAGGAAAAGAAAGACCCACGAAUAAAAUACCUGGCUUUCCUUCAGGAAAAUGCGACUCCAAAGCUAUACUGGCCCGAGUUUAAGCGCAAAUUCCGGAAAGAACCAGAAAUGAAGGACUCGCAGCUUCAUGACAGAGAUCGAGAAAAGUUUUACCGUGACUACAUCUCCCGUCUCAAGGCUUCUGAGAGCACACGGAAAUCAGAUCUUUCUGCCCUGCUCAAAUCUGCACCAUUACAUGCUCUGAACCAUUCGUGCAGCCUCGAAACUCUCCCCACGGUCAUUGUAACCGAUGUUCGAUACAUUGCACUAUCGCCCAAAGUCCGCGAUCCCUUGAUUGAGACAUAUAUAUCUACAUUACCCCCCGCACCAGAGGUGGAGUUAUCUCCCGAACAGCAAGAAGAACUCGCACGGAAGCGAAGGGAACGCGAGAAGCGCGAGAAGGCGCUUGUGGAUCGUGAGAAACGAGUUGAAGAAGAUAAGCGCAGACAACGUGGUGAGCUCGUGCGCGGCAAACACCUUCUCAAAGAAGGAGAAGCCGAAAUUGCAGAGGCCAUGAGAGUGAGUAAAGACGGACUGCGCAGCCACAUGGAAGUGGAUAACAUGCCCGCAGACGAGCAACAGAAAACUACUAGUCAAUAA